AUGGGUCUUGCACAAGAAGCCGCCCGUGUGGCCGCCGAGUUUGAGUACUCGGAUGCCCAGGUCAACAAGGCCGUCAAGGAGUUCAUCCGCCAGAUGGACAGNGGUCUCUACAUGGCUGUCGACCUCGGUGGCACCAACUUCCGCGUCUGCUCCAUCGACCUCCACGGUGACAGCACCUUCUCCCUCACUCAAUCAAAGGUUGCCAUUCCCCGCGAGCUCAUGGUUGCCCAGACCAGCAAGGAACUCUUUUCUUUCCUCGCAAAGCAGAUUGCUAGUUUCCUGCAAACCCACCACGGCGAACACUACCACGCUACCAUCCGCAGACGCGCCACCAUCCACUCCGAGAGCGGCUUCAGAGAGCAGGAGAUCUUCAACCUGGGCUUCACCUUCUCCUUCCCCGUGGAACAGGUCGGAAUCAACAAGGGUACCUUGAUCCGCUGGACAAAGGGCUUCGAUAUCGCCGAUGCUGUUGGCAAGGAUGUCUGCAAGCUUCUCCAAGACGAGAUUGAUGCUCUGCACCUGCCUGUCCGCGUCGCUGCCCUGGUCAACGACACCGUCGGAACUCUCAUGGCUCGUUCAUACACUUCCCCUGGCAAGACCGGCACUCUUUUGGGUGCCAUCUUCGGUACCGGUACCAACGGUGCCUACGUCGAGAAGCUCGACAAGGUCAAGAAGCUCGAUUCCAACAGCUCUGAUGUCGACAAGACCACUGGUGAGAUGAUCAUCAAUACUGAGUGGGGUUCAUUCGACAACCAGCUCUCCGUCCUCCCCAACACUCCUUACGACAACUCGUUGGACAAGGAGACUCCCAACCCCGGUAUCCAGAUGUUCGAGAAGCGCAUCUCCGGUAUGUUCUUGGGUGAGAUCCUCCGUCUGGCCAUCGUCGAUCUGGUCAAGGAGCGCAAGACUGGCCUUUUCAGCGACGACAACAGCAGCAGCAACGACGUUCACAGCACUACUUGCCUCGAUGAGAGCAGUCCUCUGUGGCAACCCUGGGGUCUUGACACUAGCUUCCUGUCCAUCGCUCACGGCGAUAACAGCAAUGGCCUCAAGGUGACCCGCCAGACCUUGGACAAGGACUAUGGAGUCCAAGCUGCCAGCGCUGAGGAUGCCGAGGCCGUCAAGCUUAUCGCUGCCGCCAUCGGUAAGCGUGCCGCCCGUCUGUCUGCUGUUGCCAUUGCCGCCAUCGUUCUCGCAACCGACAAGCUCUCAUCACCCAAGGACGUUGCCACAGCCGAUGACACAACCGUCAACGAGGACGAGAUGGUCGAUGUGGGUGUUGACGGCUCGCUCGUCGAGUUCUACCCCGGCUUCGAGGAGUACAUUAGAGAGGCUCUUCAGCAAAUCGAGGGCAUCGGCAAGCACGGCGAGAAGCGUAUUCGCAUCGGUAUCGCUAAGGACGGUAGCGGUGUCGGAGCUGCUUUGAUCGCUCUUGUUGCCGACAAGCUGGCCAAGCAGGAGCAGCUCAAGGAGUACGACUAG